GGCGACUCAGAACUACAACUUAUAAACCUUGAUCAAUCUCUGUUAGCAAAUUACCCACACAAAUCACUAACAAAAAUGGCUACAGCAACUGCAACUGCCACUCCCACGAGUUCUAAAACAAAACUAAUUGCAGUUGUUACAGGGGGAAACAAAGGGAUUGGAUUUGAGAUUUGCAAACAAUUAGCUUCCAAUGGGAUUAGUUUGGUUUUAACUGCAAGGGAUGCGAAGAGGGGGAAUGAUGCUGUUCAGAAGCUCCGGUCUUUUGGGCUUUGUGACAUAGUUUUCCAUCAACUAGAUGUUACUAAUGCUGCUAGUGUUUCUUCUCUUGCUGGUUUCAUUGAAACCAGUUAUGGAAAGCUUGAUAUACUCGUAAACAAUGCAGGAAUUGUUGGGUCAGUGACCAACACAGAAGAUCCCGGACGUCUCCGUGCUAUAAAGCUUGAUAUGGAUGAAGCUGCAUUUGCAAGUUCACCAGCCUUGAAAGAAUUUGUAUAUCAAACCGUUGAAUCUGCAGAAAACUGUUUGAGAACAAACUACUAUGGAAGCAAGCAAGUGGCCAAAGCGCUUAUUCCACUUCUUCAACUAUCCAAUUCUGCGAGAAUUGUGAAUGUUUCCUCCUCCAUGGGUCAGCUAAAGCUUAUUCCCAAUGAAAGAGUCAGGAGAGUCCUGGGAGAUAUCGACGGUCUCACAGAAGAGAAAGUGGACAAGAUCGUGGAGGAGUUUCUAGGAGAUGUGAAGGAGAGCUUGGUGGAAAGCAAAGGGUGGCCUAUUAACUAUUCAGCUUAUAUUGUCUCCAAGGCAACUCUCAAUGCAUUUACAAGGAUUUUGGCAAAGAAAUACACCACAAUUGUCAUCAGCUCAGUUAAUCCUGGCUAUACCAGCACUGACCUUAAUCACAAAAGUGGGGUGUUGAGUGUUGAAGAAGGUGCAAAAGGUCCUGUAAUGCUAGCUUUGCGUGAUGGUGGGUCUUCUGGUCUCUAUUAUGAUCGGAUGGAAGUCUCAUCCUUCUAAUGCAAGACAUGGAAAACAAUUCAAACCCAUUUUUAUCAAUGAUGAACAGAGAGUAAUUUGUUCUACUAUUGCUUAAUUUUACGUCUUUUUAUGCAUCUACUGUUACUUUACACUAUGCUUCCAAACCAUAAUAAUAGAUUCUAGCUUUCUUGUAGCCAAUUAUUUUUCCAUUCUAAUACAGUGUUGUGCCAAUGA